CGCAACCCGGCUCGCCGUCGCCGCCUCACCUCCGCUGGCACGAAACAGUGCAUCGUGGAAAAGAAAGACAACAAAUCCCGUGUGUUUAUGUCACCAGCCAGCUGUCUAUAAUGUGAAACAAUGCUCCAGUCGUCUGAGACUCAAACGCCAGUUGUUGUUUUUUGGUGAGGAGGAAGUCGUCGUAGUGUUGCAUGGGAAAAUGUUGCUGACUGGAAUUCAAAGCAGACGGGCCCUACCGGCAGCUACAUCACAUUCCUGGGCUCCUGCAAGAGCCACUCUUUGCUCCACAACCAAAUGAAGCCAACUUCCUCCACCUGUCACUGGGACUCCUGUGCACUGCGCUGGGCUCCUGUAGCCCACCCAUGCCUGUGAUCCCCAUCCCACGGCGGGUGCGCAGCUUCCAUGGCCCCCACACCACCUGCAUGCACUCGGCCUGCGGGUCGACGCACGCCUCUAAGCUAGUGCGCACCAAGUACAACAACUUUGACCUGUACCUGCGCUCCCGCUGCAUGUACAGCUUCCUCCGCUUCCUCCUCUACUUCGGCUGCAGCCUGCUGACCUCUCUGCUCUGGGUGGCGCUCUCCGUCCUCUUCUUCGUGCAGUACGUCAGCGUGCGCGUACUCCUGCGGCUGCAGUACAAGUUGUCCAUCAUUCUGCUUUUGCUAGGGCACCGGCGCCUGGACUUUGGGGUGCUUAAUGACCUGAUCAUCUACAGCAUGCAGAUCACCAUGUUUCUGGUGGGGGGCCUCGGCUGGUGCUUCAUGGUGUUCGUGGACAUGUAGCUCCAGAUGGGAACGACCGUAGUGUUAUGGGACGACAUCUACCUUUCUCGUGUCCCGUAGCACUGCUCUGCAUCACUGUCGGCUCGAGUCAAGAAGACCCCUUCGACGUCAACUCAAAAAUCGUUUUGGUCUAGUUUCAGAUAUGAUAGAGCCCAUUAAGAACCUCUGUAACAACUGUGUGGACAGUCCUUUUGAAAUUGUUGGUCCUGUAUAACUGGGAGAGAACCACCUGGCGGCUGAAUAUCAACACUGAUGCAUGAAGUCAGUCAAAACCGCUUCAAUUUCAACUGUAUUUUCAUGCCAUUUGUAAACCGUUUUCACAACUUUUUGAAAUCUUGGCUAGAAACUCAUUUGUUUACGAUAAUGGAAAAUGUCAAUGUUGCAUGUCAAAGUGACUGAACAUAUGAAUGAUGUGCAUCACGGCCGUCUGAUGCAAGACAUGUAAUUUGUGCCAAAAAUGCCACGCGCCGGGCCCCCCCAUCGGAUAAAUGUAGCACGAUUCCCAGGUUGAGAGAUAUACGGUUGUGUAAACAAACUACUACAUCACGUAAACAUACAUGUACCACAGAGACUCUGUAUCUUAUGGUGGAUAAAGUGACCAAAAAAAAAAAAAAGUUGUCCAACAGUGUGUGUAAUGUGGUUUUGUGAAAAUGGUGGGGAAGAAUAGAACAAGUGACUACACAUCAACUCUUUUUGUAAAGUUAUUAAAUGUAUUUCCUGUUAAUGAAAUGUUUGGUGCUUUUGCAACGCAUGGCCGAGUGAAUGUGUUUACUGUGUUGGCCAACACCCAUGAUAGCAUGCCUCGAGCUGUGUCACAAGAGUGUGUGUGACGGGUCAAAUUGAAUUUGAGUGUCUUUAGGUCAAAUGUUCCAUCAGUCGCUCUCUUACACGUUGUUUUCACAGCGCCUCUGACAGACUUCUCUGUUUAGCUUCCUCCAGCACGCAAACACCAGCCACGACUCUAGACCCCGCCGUGCCUGCCAAGCAUAACAAUGGCAAUGGCUGUGUCCCAAUCACCUUAUAUAGCCUCGUUUUCACGUGGCAUUGAGUAUGCUUACAGAAUCGGAGGGCUGAGGCACUAAAGAAAAAAAAAACAAAGCCUUUUAAACUUAACCCCGCAUAAUUUGCGAGGAUAAGUGUGCCAAGCAUCACCUUUAGGUUUUAUCUGGCUAGUGUGAAAAAACAGCAACCAAAGAGUCUAUCUUUAGAUGGGAGCUUUCGACACAGAGGCUGGUGGCCUGACUGCGACAUGCUUGAAACUGGUAUGGCCUCGGGCUGUAAUUAGAUAAUCGGGAGGGGGGGGAAACAAUAAGCUUUUGUUUCGGAGGAUCAACACGUAAUAUGCCUCAUGCUCUGAGCUGGGCCGAUCCGACAGCCCAGUUACAACAGAGGAGCGUCUAGAGAACAUGAGUUGUCUUGUGAUGUCAACAUGGUGCAGAAGGUAGGCGUGAUGAUUAAGUCGUGGCCUGCUCAUUUUCAAUUCUCCUUUUUGUCUGAAAAGCUGAAGUCGAUUGCUUAUGUCUGAAUGACUGGUCGGUUUCAUUUUUAUUUAUUUUUUUUACUUUUGUCCAGAUUAUUGAUUGGCAUUGACGCCUCUUUUGUGUUUGGUUAUCUUUUGAAGUUCAUGAAGCAUGUCAUGCCACGUCAACCUCAUUCACCCAAAAUUUGAUCUGCUGUGUUGCUGCUAGACCGCGGUUAACAACGGGAGCGAACAAAAUCCGCUGCCGUUUUAUUAGGCCAGUUACAGUUUUACAAGUAAAGCUGGACGGAAAGUCAUGAUGAAACAUCUUUAAUUUCCUUGUAAACCUGAAUGAAUUUGUAGUUACGGCACCGACCUACGUAUAAUGACAUUAUCAACUCGCUACCGAGUACCACAGACGCAUGAUAGUCCAUGUAGGGACGUUACAGUGCCACCAUACACUGUCUAAAUACUAAGAGGUACAGUAGGUGCACUGUGAAUUCUAUCAGAUGCCAUCAGCACACUGUAAAACCAUGUGGGAAUAUCACAGGACUCCUCAUCCUGGUACAGAUAAAAACAUGGUACUUUAUUGGAGAUGUCAACAAAACCUUUACACCGUGAGAUGAC